AUGGCGAUUGCUUUGGCUGAGGCCGACAAGUAUGAGAUCUUAGACAAGAUUGGCUGUGGUUCCUUUGGAAUCAUUCGCAAAGUCAAGCGCAAGACUGAUGGUUUCAUUCUAUGCCGAAAAGAGAUCAACUACAUCAAAAUGUCCCAAAAGGAGCGUGAGCAACUCACUGCCGAAUUCAAUAUCCUCAGCUCCCUUCGUCACCCAAACAUUGUCGCAUACUACCACCGGGAACAUCUCAAGGCAAGCCAGGACCUGUACCUCUAUAUGGAGUACUGCGGUGGUGGAGAUCUGGGUAUGGUUAUCAAGAACUUGAAGAAAGCAAACAAGUACGCCGAAGAAGAGUUUGUUUGGCGCAUCCUCUCCCAGCUGAUCACUGCUUUGUUCCGAUGUCACUAUGGAUCCGACCCAGCUGAAGUUGGUUCGAACAUUUUGGGACCAACUCCCAAGGCCUCUGGUCUAAAGGGCAAGCAAGGGCAGGUCACUAUCUUGCACCGAGACUUGAAGCCUGAAAACAUUUUCCUCGGUUGCGACAACACCGUCAAGCUUGGUGACUUCGGCCUGUCCAAGCAGAUGCAAUCCCACGACUUUGCCUCGACCUACGUUGGAACCCCGUUCUACAUGUCCCCCGAGAUCUGUGCCGCCGAGAAGUACACCCUGCGCUCCGACAUUUGGGCGGUCGGCUGUAUCAUGUAUGAAUUGUGCCAAAAAGAGCCCCCUUUCAAUGCUCGCACCCACAUUCAACUAGUGCAGAAGAUCCGUGAGGGCAAGUUCGCCCCCUUGCCUGAUUAUUAUUCGCCGGAACUCAAGGGCGUUAUUGGAAGCUGUCUGCGCGUCAACCCCGACCAGCGCCCGGAUACAUCUAGUCUGAUUAACCUUCCCAUCAUUCGCUUGAUGCGCAAGGAGAAGGAGGUGGUCGACCUCGGCAAGACUCUGCGCCGACGCGAGGAGGUCGCAGUCCAGAAGGUUCGCGAAAUGGAGCAAUGUCUGGCGAAAAGAGAAACCGAAAAGGCGCAAAUGAAGGCCGAGCUUGAGAAUACCGUUCGAAGGGAAUGGGAGGUCAAGGCACGCCUGGAAAUCGAUCGCCAAGUCACGAGUGAGCUCGAUCGCCUUCGCAAGCGUUUCGAAUCCGAAGUUCAGGAACGUGUUUCCAUCGAAGUCAAGAAGUACAAGAACACAAGCGCAAACAGCAACCCCCGCGAUGAUGUUUUCCGUACUAGCAACCAAGGGUCGAACUCCUCCCGCUCUAGCAACCAAGGAUGGCGGUCAUCCAAGUCUUCAGCGACUAUGACCGAUGAUAGCGACAGCACCCCUUCCUCCAACGAUACCACCCAAGUGUCACUUGGUUCACCACCAUCCAACAAGCGGAAGCAACCCAAGAAAGAGAACCGAACUCCUUUCUGCCGUUCCAAGACCGUCGUGGACUCGCCUGUGGAUGUGCAGAUGGCCGAGCCUUCUCCCAUCUCCAUUGCCUCUCUUUCCCUUUCGCCUCGCCGUACCUCCGCCCAAGGUGGCGCUCGCAACAUUUUCGCAGAGGCCGAGCGCAACAAAGCCAAGUGGGAGCCCACCCUGGCUUACUCCGACGAUGAGGACGACACUCCUGACUUGCCCUCACCCACUCGUCCCAAGGUGAAGCCUGACCCUUUGAAGGCGCCUCGCCGCCCUCUCCUGCGUCAGAACACCGCUGCUUUCAUGCAGAAGCUCAGCUCGCAGCCUUCCCUCUUCCCAUCGGGCGGUACCCGCCUCCCUCAGUCAACCAGCCAGUCUGCUUCUCAGUCUGAUGAGCGCAGCGUUAGCGUCAACGACAGCAGAGCGAAGUCUCCCCACCGUCGUCUCACCAAAAUUCCCUCGUCCGCAAAUCUGGCUGCUGACGCCGGUGGCUCGCCAACUCGCAAGGGUAGCUCCAAGCAGCAAUCCCCCAACAAGACCGCCGGUGGUGGUGGCGAAGAAAUGUUUAAGGCUGUCAUGCAGCGCAACCUGGGUGGCCGCACGCUUGUUGAACUCGCUCAGGCCAGAGCCGGAGGUCGCUCAAUGGAUGAAGUGAAGCGCUGCGCCAGUGACUCCCGUGCCAAUGGCCCUAUCAUGAGCAUGAAAUGCUCCGAGCGCGAACCCCCUGCCAUCUGGAACCCUGAAAUGGAUGACAUGCCCAGUCCUUUCCUUGCUCGUGGCAAGAAGGUCAUCCGCAAUCUGCGGUAG